UAAGCUGCUGUGACGUCAUCAGUGAUGCACUGCUAGCCGGUGUAGCUGCUGCUGUCCUGCUCAUCAUCAGCUCAGAGGAGAUACAGACCCUCGCCCGUCUGUCCUCCAACAAACACUAACACACCGACAUGUCUGACUUCACAGAGGACCAGAUCAUGGAGUUCAAGGAGGCCUUCCUUUUGUUUGACCGGACGGGUGAGGGGAAGAUAACCUUCAGCCAGUGCGGUGACGUUAUGCGGGCCCUUGGACAGAACCCUGUCAAUGCUGAGGUGCUCAAGGUCCUGGGAAACCCCAAGUUAGAAGAUAUGAACUACAAGAUGUUGGAUUUUGAACAGUUCCUGCCCAUGCUUCAGGCCAUUGCUAAGAACAAGGACCAGGGCUCCUUUGAGGAUAUCGUAGAGGGUCUGCGUGUCUUUGACAAGGAGGGAAACGGUACCGUGAUGGGAGCAGAGCUGCGUCAUGUUCUCACAACAUUAGGUGAAAAAAUGACAGAGGAGGAGGUGGAGACUCUUUUAGCUGGACAUGAAGAUGCCAAUGGCUGCAUUAACUAUGAAGAACUCGUCCGGAUGGUGAUGAGCGGUUGAAGAUUUCAGAAACACACUUCCAGCUUUAAUUUUAUUCCUGAAUAUUUUUGUAUUGUUUGUCUUGUCUUGCUCUUCCAUCCAUCCGUGUCAUCCUACCUCCAACAAGCUUGUCUUUUCUUUUCUUUUCUUUUUUGGACAUCUUUAUUUUAUUUUGAAAAGUGCCUUUUCUGUCUAAUGUGAAGAAACCCUUUUCAUCUCAUUUUCCAAACAUUCUUCAGCCUCGCAGGUACAAUGGGCAGUAAGGUUCCCUCGAUGAUUUCACCUGUUCCAUCUUUGUUAAUCAUCCUGUCAGUCUUGUUGUAAACAGAUUUUUUUUUUGUUUUUAUUUGGAUGGAUAUGAUAAUGUGACAUGUGACAUUUAACAGUAUUGAAUAAAACCCCUGGUUUCCAAA